AUGUUGUUAUUAUAUAAAAUAUUAAAUUUAGCAGGAGAUUACAUUGUUGCAUUUUUAACUGUAAUUUUAUCAGUUUUAGUAUUAGGUUUAACACCAAUUUUUACAUUGGUUAACUUAUUCAGAAAUAAAACAUUUAAUUCUCCAAAAAAUAUUGUUAUUACUGGUGCAUCAAGUGGUAUUGGCUAUUCAUUAGCAUUACAUUACUCUCAACCAGGUGUUACCAUUUCAUUGUUUGGAAGAAAUGAAGCCAAUCUUUUAAAAUGUAAAAAAGAAUGUGAAGCUAAAGGUGCUGUCGCAGAAAUUAAAAUUGCUGAUGUAACUGAUAGAAAAACAAUGAAAAAGUAUUUAACCGAUUUUGAUAAUAGAUACCCAGUCGAUUUAUUAAUUGCCAAUGCUGGUAUUAUUGAAUCACAAUUACCAAAUGAUUUUGAUUUUGAAGAAAAAACACACAAAUUAACAGAAACUAAUGUUAUUGGUAUGCUUAACACUGUUUUACCACUUUUAUCAAAGUUUGAAGAACGUAAAGGUGGCCAAAUUUGUAUUACAUCCUCAUUAGCAGGUUAUAUGGACUUUUUCUUCCCAGCUUAUUCUGCAUCUAAAUCCUAUAUCACCUCAUACGCAUUCACCCUUAGAAAGAGAAUGGCAGAAUUUGGUGUAGGUGUCAGUGUUAUUGUUCCAGGUUUCAUUACAACUCCAAUGACUGAUAGCUUCAAGAGACAAGAUUUAUUAUUUUGUUUAAAUGUCGACCAAGCAAUUAAAAUUAUUGCCAAUGGUAUUAAAUACAAUAUGGCUCAAAUUUCAUUCCCAUUCCCAACAUUCCUUUUAGGUAUUUUAUUCAGUAUUUCACCACCAAAUUUCCGUGGAGCACUCUCUUAUUUAGUUUCAUUCGCCAUUAAAGAUAUUUAUUUCUUUGACCAUGUCGAAAAAAAAGAAGAUAAAAAAAAUAAUUAA